AUGUUGAAUGCUUUAAAUAAAACUUGUUUAAAUAGAUAUAAAUAUUGCAAAACCAAUAUAAACCAAGUUUUCAAUCGCGCAAACUACACAAAUAAUAAUAAUAAUAAUAAUAAUAAUAACAGUUUAAAUAAUAAUAAAGAUUUCAAUAAAAUCAAAUUUAGUUUAAGUGAAAUUAAAGACGGAGGAAAAAUAUUGAAUCAAUAUACAUUUAAUGAUUUUAAUAAUACUAUAGAAUCAACAUCAUCAUCUAUUAAUAAUAAUAAUAAUAAUAAUAAUAAAUUUGAAUUAAUUAAAAACAAACAACAAAAACUAUUAACUACUCAAGAGAAAGAAUUAAAACUUGAUGAUAAUAAAUUAUUUGACUCAAUAAAAAAAUUAUUUUUACCAAAAGGAUAUCCAUCAACAGUUACCAGUGAUUAUAUAGGAUACCAAAAAUGGAUGUUUAUUCAAAAUGUAAUUGGUUCAACAACCUAUGUUUUAAGUACACAUGCAUUAUUAACAUCUGUGAUUGGAAUUAGUAGUACAUCAGCUUUACCAUUUGCAGCUGCAAUCUCUUGGGUUUUAAAAGAUGGUUUGGGUGCCACUGCAUUGGUUUUAUUUGCAAAUAAAUAUAGUACACUAUUUGAUUAUGAUAUUAAAAAAUAUAAAUUUAGGGGUGAUUUAUUACAUAAUUUUGGUGUUUUGUUAGAAAUGUUUACACCAUUUUUCCAACAAUUUUUUUUACCAUUGGCAUCAAUUUCAAAUUUAUCAAAAGGUUUAGCAGGUUUAAUUUAUGGCAGUACUAGAGCAAGUUUAAAUAGAAGUUUUUCAUUAAAAGAGAAUAUUGGUGAUAUUACAGCUAAAUAUCAAUCACAAAGUAUGGCAGCCUAUUUAUCUGGUAUGGCUAUUGGAUCUAGUAUUGGAAUGAUUUUAUCUGUAUUUCCAUUAACUUCAGUUUCAAAUUUAUCAAUGGUUUUCGGUUUAUCCUUUAUUCAUAUUUUUUGUGGUAUAAAUGCAAUUAAAUCAAUUGAUUUAAAAACAUUAAAUCAACAAAGAACUUCAAUUUUAAUUGAUAAUUGGUUAAAAUCCAAUUUAAUUUUAACUUCAAAAAUUGUAAAUCAAGAAGAAAAAUUUAUUACAAAUGAUAAAUAUUUAAAACCAAAUAUAAAAUUAGGAUGUACAAUUGAAGAAUCAUUUGAAUAUGAUUAUCAAUUAAAUGAAGCAUUAAAUAUUGCAAAUUCAAAUUCAAAUAAUGAUUAUUUAAUUAGUAUAAAACUUGGCAAAAAUAAAAAUUGUGAUGAUUCAAUUAUUAGAAUUUUAUAUUUUGAUAAAAAACAAACCACCACCACCAAUAAUAUGACAACAAAUAUGACAACAGAUUUAAUUAAUGAUUUAGCCCUUCACAAUAAAGAACAGAAUAAUAUAAUUAUUUUAAAAUCAUAUUUCCAUGCUUUUCUCAUAAGAGCUGAAUUAAUUAAACUUGCAAAUUCAAAUGAAAUUUCAUUAUAUUUAAAUGAUGGUAGUGGUAGUGGUAGUGGUGGUAGUGGUGAUUUUAGUCAUUCAAAAGAAUUAAAAUUAAUAAUGGAAAAUACAAAUACACAAUUAAAUGAAAAGUUUGAUUCCUUUUUAAAGGAUUUCACAAAUGACCAAAAUUGGAAUUUUAUACCAAGUUCCUCAACUUUAAUGUUUGAAAUUGGUGAAACCAAAAUAAAAUUAAAUAUUUAA